GAAACAAAACAUAAAAUGGCUCCAACUUAUAAGACUGACAGAAAAGCAAUGGUAGAUGCGUCUGCCUGGAUGUUCAAUGUUGUCACUUCUGUUGGAAUUAUUAUUGUCAAUAAAGCCUUAAUGGCUACUUAUGGUUUCAGUUUUGCCACAACAUUAACUGGUCUGCAUUUUGGUACCACAACCUUAAUGACAGCUGUUCUAAGAUGGUUGGGAUACAUUCAAUCUUCUCAUCUACCCUUGGGAGAGCUUUUGAAAUUUGUUUUGUUUGCAAACUUCUCUAUUGUUGGAAUGAAUGUUAGUCUGAUGUGGAACUCUGUGGGAUUUUAUCAGAUUGCAAAGCUUAGUAUGAUUCCUGUAUCCUGUUUUUUGGAAGUUGUAAUGGACAAGAUCCAGUAUUCCAGAGAUACAAAGCUGAGCAUAGCUGUAGUUCUUGUUGGUGUUGGUGUUUGUACUGUAACCGAUGUGAGUGUUAAUACCAAAGGUUUCGUAGCUGCCUUCAUUGCAGUUUGGAGUACUUCUCUGCAGCAGUAUUAUGUGCAUCACCUUCAGCGAAGGUAUAAUCUUACUUCCUUCAACCUGCUGGGACACACUGCUCCUGCCCAGGCUGGAACUCUUCUGGUAUUAGGUCCAUUUCUGGAUUAUUGGUUGACAAGCAAGAGAGUUGAUGCCUAUAGUUAUAACCUAGUAUCUAUCAUGUUUAUCAUACUUUCGUGUACCAUAGCUGUCGGAACGAACCUCAGCCAGUUCAUCUGCAUCGGCAGAUUUACUGCAGUGUCUUUUCAAGUACUUGGCCAUAUGAAGACGAUCCUUGUGUUGAUUAUGGGAUUCUUUUUCUUUGGAAAAGAGGGUCUCAAUCUACAUGUGGUUCUGGGUAUGAUCAUAGCUGUGGCUGGAAUGAUUUGGUAUGGAAAUGCUUCAUCUAAGCCCGGUGGGAAAGAGCGCCGGAGCCUGUCUCUGCCUACGACCCGACAACAAAAGCCCGGUAGCUUAUCAGAUUCUAAUGAACAUGGCGCUAAAGUAUAAUUCUCCCUGUAUGUAAGUUAAAAAAGAAUACAAGGGUUAGCUCUGAUUUUUCAGGAACUUUGUUUAUCCAAUAUGAUUAGGAUUGGUUGUUUGGGGGGGGGGGGGGU